AAUUUGUAUAUUCACCUAAAUAGCCCUUUUAAAUAAUAUAUAUUCACAACUAUGUAAAAAUAUUUAUUAAAUACGCCAAUCCGUUAACCGCAGACAUAAUCUGAUAAAACCCGUAAUUCGCAUGGACCGUGAAACUCACGGACCUAAUAUUUAUGUGUCCGGCAUAGUACUCUUUGGGCCAGACCAGCGGAUCUUAGGCCCGCUUGACACCUCUACGGCUUAGGGUAAUGGGCUCGAACCCAUUUUAAACAGAAUCUAUUGUGACCCUAAUUUAACAACCCCUGCAAAAACAAACAGUCGGGGUGGUUUCAGGGUAUCGCAUUCUCGAUGAAGCUGCUGCAUAAACCUAAUUCUUACAAGUUACAGAGACGAGGAGAUAAAUCCAAAUCCUGGUCCGAGCUUCCUCAAGAUCUCAUAAAUUCAGUGUUGGAACGCCUUGACUUUGCUGAUUCUCGACGAGCUGAAUCCGUAUGUUCGUCUUGGUACUCUGCUGCGAAACGAUGUGUGGCGAAAAAGCAGAUCCCUUGGCUGAUUCUCUUGCCCGACGAAGACGACAAGAUCAACAACCAUUGGUGCAAGCUGUUCAAUCCCGGGGAAAAGGACAAGCUUUACAAAAUCCGAGAUGAGGAUGUUGAAUUCGCAAACAGUUAUUGCUUAGCAACAUAUGGUAAUUGGCUCUUUAUGGUCGCUUAUUGGUAUAAUCUCUACCUUUUGAAUAUAUUUACCCAUGAGAGGAUUGAUUUACCUCCGGUGGAGUCGCAACUAGGAACGACAAAGCUGGAGCGAACCUUAAAAGGUUGGUUUUGUAUUUCGAAUGGUCAUCGCAAAAGGAAUCACAAAGAUAUUAUUAUAGUAUCACCUGUGUUUUGGAUUGACGAACACACCAAAGAAUACCUAGUUUUGUGGGGAUUUGGCGAAUGGUGUGUUCCUUAUUCCAAGAAAGGAGAUACGUUCUGGAAUCAGAUUCAAAUUCCCGUAGAUUAUGGUUGUUCUCACUUGGUUUACAAAGAUCAAAAGCUUUACUACCUCCUAAAGGACUACAUUGGUAGUAAUGGUUUUAUCAAAAUAUUCGACUUCUCCGGAGAGAUUCCGCGAGAGACCUUUCAGUGUGGUGGUGUUCCAGGCAACAUCUCUUCACUUGA